GCAGGGUGUGGCGGCAAUCGGCGCUGAAGGUUAAUGCAUCGGCAGUUGCCCGAUCCGGCUUGCGGAACAUGUCAACCAAGAAGCCCAUUAGGAAGCCCAAGAAGGAGCCCAAGAAGCUCAAGGAGCAGGAACUUCCGGCAGUGCCGUUCAAGGGGUACCUGGAGACGACCCAGGAGAUUCUGCGCAUGCCCACAACGACGGCCGAUCCGAGCAUCCCCUACAAGCGUGUAGACGCAGCAUACUGUGCGCAAAAGUUCGCAAAGCCGCCCAAGAACGUACUGAUGCUGACCCGCGAUUUCAUCCACGACUCGCUCUACAACCCUUCGUACGGGUACUUUUCCAAGCAGGCACUGAUUUUCUCGCCGCCAACACCGUACCCGUUUGGCGAGUUGCGCGACUCAGCCGAUCUGCUAAAGACGAUCGGGAGGCAGUACGAGGAGAUCGAGCGUGAGCUGGACGAUGUGCGCAACAUCCCGAAGCAGCUGUGGCACACGCCGACCGAGAUUCUGAAGCCCUGGUACGGGUACUCGGUGGCUAGCCAUAUCGUGAAGCAGUACAAGCGGGAUGUCGGGACAGGGAAGCAUAGCGAGCCGCUGACAGUGUUCGAAAUGGGCGGUGGUAACGGCACGCUGAUGAUGAACAUCCUCGACUAUGUGCGCGAUACCGAGCCCGAGAUCUAUGCCAGCAUGGAGUACAAUUUGAUCGAGAUCAGCUCCAAGCUUGUUCGGCACCAGCUCAGCCAGCAGACACGCGACCGCAAGGUGCCGCACACCAACGUCAAGAUUAUCAACAAAUCGGUGUUUGAGUGGGACGAGGUUGUCGACAAGCACUGCUACUUUGUGGCCAUGGAGGUCAUUGACAAUUUUGCUCACGACGUGGUGCGCUACGACUUUGACACCAGCGAGCCGUACCAGGCCAUGGUGCGCGUCUAUGACGAUGGCGAGUUCGAGGAAUGCUACGAGAGGAUCAGCGAUCCAUUGAUCCGCGACUAUCUUGCUGUUCGCACGUCGCUUACAAGUCCUCCGUACAAGACGCCGGCGAUUCCGUCAUCCACUUACCGGACACUGCGCAACUGGCUGCCACUACCACCGAACCUUACCAAGGCCGAGUUUAUUCCGACGCAGGCGUUCCAGUUCUGCAGGAUCCUAAGCAAGUACUUCCCGCACCACCGGCUGGUGCUCAGCGAUUUCUUCACAUUGCCGGACACCGUGCCGAAUGCAGUCGAUGCGCCGGUGGUGCAGACGAGGUUCUCUGGAGCCAUGGUGCCAUGCGAGACAUAUCUGGUGCAGCCAGGGUGGUUCGAUAUCUUCUUCCCAACCAACUUUGAGCUGCUGAGCCGAAUGUACGAUGCAGUGAGAGGCGGCAAGUCGCGGGUGUGCACGCAGAGGCAGUUUGCCAAGGAGAACGCCGACCUGGACAAGACGCGCACGCGCUCGGGCGAGAACCCGAUGCUGGACUUUUACGAGAACAACAAGUUCCUCCUAUCAUGAGCAGCAGGAUCUAAGAUAUGUUUUUUCUUGGAAUAUAGAUACUCUAGGUCUGUU